UAAAUAACAGCUUUGUGCAUAAUGGAAAUUAUUUUACCACUGCUGAAAUGUGGAGAAAUUGUGUAACUUCAGUCUACAGAGAUGUGUUGGACAACAGACUUGAAAUGCUUACUGGCAGAGAAGGUAAAACCUUCCUGAGAGUGACUCUGCCAAUGAAUAGUUGUGCAUAACAAGGCUGUCAGUUGCAUGCACAUCACCAAAGGCUGACUUUCAGGUUUUGUUGUGUGAGCUGGGAGUGUAAGUUAAGGUUUUUCCAAAGUUAAGCAAUGAGAAAAAUUCUGGUAUUCCUUCUUAUUUGCAUCCAGGUACAUUUUAGACACCCCAGUCAAGCUUUAGACUUCUUUGUAUAACUCAUAUGAAAACCAUGCUGGAGCUUCCAGUCUGCUUCAGCAGGCCUUCACCACAAGAUGGCAUUCUGUGAACUGUCUUGUACAGGAAAACACAAAACCCACUACCCAUAAUAAUAACAAUAAUAAUUUAGGAAAGGGGGGGACACUCAAGCCCUUCCCCUGUUUUUCCUGAGCCUGGGACAAAGUGAGAAAGACUGCUUCCUGACCAUUCUUGUUGCAAAAUGAUAAUGUUGUUUGCCGAGAACUCCAUGCGAGGAUGAGUGAAAAGUCCCUUUAAAAAAAAAAAAAAAGGGGGGCGAAAUACAGUAUUGUGCAUCUUGAAACCUGAAACCAAGAAACAGAAGUGCAGGGAAUACAAGGGGAAAAAAUUCUUGCAAAUUCUGAGGACAACUGCAGCAAGUGGAGUUUUGAGGAGUGAAAUCUAUUUAUAUCUUCGAAGGUCAUUGAAUGGCUCUUUUGGAGAAAGCUGUGAAAUAAGGGAGUUUUGGAAGAAGACAACUUUUUUCUUCUCCCAUUUUCUGGAUAUAAUGGCUAUUGCAAAGCAAAAAGCCUGGAGAUUUGGCUUCAAAUGUUUCUUCUUUGCAACCUUUAUGUUAGCCUGUGAUGGACAAGGUGGAAAUAGAGAGAAUGGUGGUCCUGCAUGUUAUGGAGGAUUUGAUUUGUACUUCAUUUUAGACAAAUCAGGAAGUGUCCUGCACCACUGGAAUGAAAUUUAUUUUUUUGUGGAACAUCUGGCCCACAAAUUCAUAAGCCCCCAGCUGAGGAUGUCCUUUAUUGUUUUCUCAACAAGAGGCACCACUCUUAUGAGGUUAACUGAAGACAGGGACCAGAUACGGCAAGGCCUAGAAGAGCUGCGGAAGGUUCUGCCAGGGGGUGACACUUACAUGCACGAAGGAUUUGAAAGGGCAAGUGAACAGAUUUACUAUGAAAAUGUUCUAGGUUACAGAACUGCAAGUGUCAUCAUUGCACUAACAGAUGGUGAACUCCACGAGGAUCUCUUCUUUUAUGCAGAGCGAGAGGCUAAUCGAUCAAGGGACCUAGGAGCAACAGUGUACUGUGUUGGAGUCAAAGAUUUCAAUGAAACUCAGCUGGCUCGAAUUGCUGACAGCAAGGAUCAUGUCUUUCCUGUGAAUGAUGGAUUUGAAGCACUACAAGGGAUCAUAGACUCUAUUUUGAAGAAAUCCUGCAUUGAGAUUCUUGCUGCAGAGCCUUCCAGUAUAUGUGCAGGCGAAUCGUUCCAAGUUGUGGUGAGAGGGAAUGGAUUUCGACAUGCCCGUAAUGUUGACAGAGUCCUCUGCAGCUUCAAGAUCAAUGACACGGUUACUUUCAAUGAGAAACCUUUUGUGGUGGAAGAUACAUAUUUGCUCUGCCCGGCACCUGUGUUACAAGAAGUUGGAAUGGAAGCAGCUCUUCAGGUGAGCAUGAAUGAUGGCCUCAGUUUCAUCUCAAGCUCUGUCAUCAUCUCCAGCACACAUUGUUCUGAUGGGACCAUCCUGGCCAUUGCCCUACUGAUCCUUUUCCUCUUGCUGGCACUGGCUCUCCUCUGGUGGUUCUGGCCUCUUUGCUGCACAGUGAUAAUCAAAGAGCCUCCUCCGCCCCCUGCUAGUGACAGCGAGGAAGAAGAUGAUGACGGUCUUCCUAAGAAGAAGUGGCCAACAGUAGAUGCGUCUUAUUAUGGUGGGCGAGGUGUUGGGGGCAUUAAAAGAAUGGAGGUUCGCUGGGGAGAAAAGGGCUCCACAGAAGAAGGGGCAAAGUUAGAGAAAGCCAAGAAUGCUCGAGUCAAAAUGCCAGAACAAGAGUAUGAAUUCCCAGAGCCCAGGAACCUCGGGAACAGCAUGCGCAGGUCCUCUUCCCCCCGGAAAUGGUACUCGCCAAUCAAGGGAAAACUGGAUGCCCUGUGGGUACUGCUGCGGAAGGGUUAUGACCGUGUGUCUGUGAUGCGCCCUAAGCCGGGUGACAAGGGCCGCUGCAUCAAUUUUACCCGAGUCAAGAACGCAGAAGCCCCACCGAAAUACCCACUCAACAACACCUACCCCCACUCAUCUCCACCCCCUGCCCCAAUAUACAACCCCCCAUCCCCUGCCCCAGUGUACACCCCACCCCCUCCCAGUUCACCCACACCUCCCACACCCUCACCUUCUUCUACGCUGCCUCCCCUCCCCCCACCUCCCCAAGCCCCACCCCCUAACCGAGCCCCUCCCCCUUCUAGGCCCCCCCCUCGCCCUUCCAUCUAGGGGGUCACUUUGCCCCCAUCUCUUGCAGAAGCAUCCGGGAGGCCCUUUCAGCUGUACUGUAACCAACCUGUCUUUGGGGAAGAGGGGUUCAGGAGGCCUUAAUAUUCUGAAAUGGGUGACCACAAAACACAAUACUUCUUAGCCAUUUAAAAAAAAACACCAAAAGAAAUCCCUGAGGCAUCAGUGACACCAAACCAUCCCAGAGAGAAAGCUGAGGGGCUGCCAAAAUGGAAGCCACUGCAGGAACCUGAAUCACUAGCAUUCACUUCAGCAGGAACCUUUCCCUCCUCCCUGACCCUCUUUGGCUUCGUAGAGCAACCUCAGAAGUAAGAGUAAGCUCUCAGAAAACACAUGGACCACUCAGCAUCCUCCACAGGUGUCACCAAAAGGCUCCCACAUGUAUGGACAUCUCAACUGGCUACUUUGCAAACAUGACGUGAACUGCUUCGCAUUCCCAUGGAAAGCUGAUCCUUUCUCACCCGCACCCAGCAGCAUGCAGGCAACAGUGAUGACCUACCUAUGAGCCCAUGAACUGUUUUUCUGAGCGUGAAGAACAAGCAGCCAUCCCAAUGGACCAUGUAUUAGAGAAGGAAGGAAGUGAUCCUCCUUCAGUGUCUGGGAGGGCAUUAGACUAGAUGUAUGGGAUUUGGGUACGUGGUUAUGAGGCAGUGCAAGUGAAGACACCUGAAGCAUCGCUAAGGAAAUUAAUUUGGUGUAAACAUUUUUUUUAAAUCAAGAAAUCUAGAGGUUUCAGCCUUCUUCUGAAGAUGACGAGUUGAUGAAGGACCAGCCUUCAGAGAGCUCAGCAGGCAGAAGGAGACUCUAGGAAUCAGGAGAUUGUAGAGCUAAGGAACCUGUGGAAGAUAAAUUAGUAAGAAAUAUUUGCAUUAUGUGGAGGAUCACUGUGCCCAUCCAACUAGCUGCACAGAUCAGUACUGUAAUGCAUUUCAAUGAUAUCUUUCAUUUUAAGAGGAAGGUUUUCAAAAUUUCUGAAGGUGUAACAAGCGGUUGAUUAUAAUAGUUUAAAGAACCCUACAGUUCCCUGAGGCUUCUUAAAUGGUGGUGUUAUUGUCAGUGUCACUUCAUCUCACUGAUGCUUUUUUUCCGCCUGUAAAUUUGCUUUCCUCUGCACUCCCCAUUUUUUGCAUCAGUUUUCGUUUUCCUUUCCUUUCCUAAGUUGUGGAUGCCUUCCAAACAAAGGUAUGAGGGAACAAGUGUCAUUCUGCACCCUGCUCAUUACCUCCCAAUGGUAUCACUUCCAUUAUCAGUCUUGACUGAGGCCAGAUCAUGCACAAGAUGUUUGAGACAGGAAUUGGUUUUCCCAGAAAUGCACUGGCUGCAUUUCUUUAUGCUUUCUCCCUUUCUUAAUGGGACCUAAACGUGGUCUCUGAUACUGCAUAUGUACCUGUUUUAACCAAUAGCAAACCUUCUGAGUAAGUGCCUUUGUAACACAGUACUAGGAAAAGAAGAGGUCAUUCAGCAUCAAAGUCAAACCUCCACCUCCCCAGUUUACUUUUAUCAUCAGUUCUCAUUAAACAACUUUCGCCAUGGAAACAACGAAGUCUUAAGAAAUAAAUCAACUUUGUACGUACAGUUCUAUGAAUAUCUAAGGGUUUUCAUAUUCGUAUAAAAUACUUUUUUUUUUUACCAGAUAAAGAUAUGCUUUGCCAAGUCAUUACUCCAGUGCUGUUUGAAAUAUUAAUUCUAGCUUUUCCUUGCAAACAAUAAAAUAAAGAGGAACAGACCUGAUUUCAAGGUAAAGACCUAGCUGGGAAAUGAACUGGGGUCCUUUUGGCAGGGACCUUUACUUAAUAGCCUCAAAUACCAGUCAGUAUUUACCAACCUUACCUUCCCCUAGGUCAGCAUAUCUGCUGCCAUCUGAAACCAAUAACUUCAUACAGCAGGAACAAACGGUACUGAAGUUUCUGGCUGCCUAUUUUGAAAAGGGGUUGAUUUCCCAAUCAGCAUAGUUGUUCUGUCUGCAGGCAGCACAGAGCAGUACUGCUUCAGAGCAAAAGCAUCAGCUUCAAUACUUAUUAGGCCAGAAUGCAUCUGAUACAGGCUGUGAUCAGUUCAGGUGGAUGGCUUUUGGGACCAUAAAACUUUUACAGUUCUGAGAAAGGUUUGGUUGGACUCCUGCUUUUGAUGAACAGGAUCUAGUAAAAUAGCUGUUUGGCUUGGUGUGGAGAUAGCGCAAUACCUGGGAAGUAUGUAAUACAGGAUCACUCAAUGGUUCUCUUAAAAGAGCUUCAAAAGUUUGAAAAAGUUAGAAAAGAAAAUUGUUUUGUUUUUGGGGGGUUUGCCACCACACCAGAGCAUCGAUCCAUUUUUCAGGAUCAGUUACCCUGUGAAUCUGAACAACUGCUUGGGUAAAAACGGAAGUGUUUAUAUUCUAUGACUAGGGAUAGGUUGCUUGCAGAUUCCUGCACAAACGAAAUGUUUUACACUAACUUAAGAGAGGAGACAAAAAAAAAAAAAGCAAAAAGAGCAACAGAACAGGCCAGAAAAGUAAAUAAUUUCAAGUGCCCCUAUUCUACGAUCCUUCUCAUGAGCAAAAGAAAACAAACUCCAAAUUUGUGUUGUAUAUAUUGUUAUUGCAUGCUUACCAUACAUUAGAUGGAAGCAUUUCCGAUCCAGUGUGGAUAAAAGAACAUUUUUCAAGUUGUAGUAAAUUAUUAUAAAGCCAAUGAUAUUUCAUGGCAUGUAUUUGUAUCAAGCUGUGCUUGUUGUAUUUUUGUCUUUAUGGUUGUAUUGCUUUUAUAAAUGUACAAAUAUUUCUGUAGCGACGAGUACCUCUUACAUAGCAUUAAUUGAAUCACUAGGACCAAGAGCUUUAUAUUCCCCUCGAUCCAUCAUAUAGAUAUUAUAUGGACAGAUCCAAGGUGGUAUAUCGCCAUAGAGCAAUGGGCAUGUGUAGGCAGCACACGAUAACCAGAUGCCUGUGGUCCUAUGUACAGGUUAGUAACUAGGCACAGAAUCAGGGGACCCACUGGUAAUUUUAGUUACUUGUUUUCAGUGGACUCUGAUUGACUUCCUCAGCAAAACCAGAGCAGAUUUUGGCAGAUAGAGACUGCCUUCCUCACUGUAGUGAGAAUCAGACCAUGUGUGUCUCAUGACAAGCAGGGGAAAAACUGAAAUCCAUGGGAGUUUGGCAAUGGAUAUAAAUCCAUAGAUGAGUCAGGCCCACGGGUACAGGAGUUGCAGCAGGUGUAUAUAAUAAAGGGUCUGUGGCAUGAACCAAAUACAAGCGUGCACUCAUACCAUGGCUUUCAGCUAGUGCAGAAUAGCUGGUUCACCCUCCUUUGCAGGUGCACACUCCAUCCAGUAUGUGGCCUUUCCUUUCAUAGAAUCGUAGAAAAUUGGGUUUGGAAGGGACUUCAGGAGGUCAUCUAGUCCAACACCCUUGCUCAAAGCAGGACCAUCCCUAUUUGUAUGACACCAGCCAAGAGAGACCAUCUUAAAGCACAGUGUGCUGAACAGAAAUUAUCCAAAGGGGAAAUGAUUUCUGGCUAAGGCAGCUCUUUAGAAAGGAAGACGGAGACAGAGCACAAAGCAGUGGUGGGAAACCGGAGUGAGACGAAUUCAGCCUAAAAGUAAUACCCAGACUGAAGCAAAGAGGGCAAUCAGCAGCUGACUCAGAGCUGGAAUAGAUUCUCUAUCUCUGGGAGUUCUUAAAUCAAGACUGCUCACCUUCCCAAAGGCUAUGCUCUAGCUGAAUUAGAAAUAACAGGCUUGCUGCAGAAGUUACCGAGUGCCAUGCAGUAGUCAGACUGCGAAGUCCUUGCAAACGUACAAAUGCAUGAAAGUUCUGGGCAUGUAGAUGCAAGCUUUUAGUUGCAUUUGUUUAUAAUUUUUUGUACUAGUAGGGAGAGGGAGAGAAAUAAAUACAUGGAGGAGCAACAAUAUGUAGGACUUUGUGCCAAAGCUAGAAUCUGAACAGAAAUGAAAGGCAAUGCCUCAACUCCUUAGCUGGUGUCAAGUGGCAUAUCUCCAGUGCCUUCAGCCAAGUUAUGGCAAUUUUCAUCAGCUGAAGAUCAGCCCCACUACAAUCAAGACUGUCUACCCAGAGUUAGGCUCCUAGUUCUGCACGUAAGACCUUCAGUAAAAGUGACCCGAGCUCUCGCAAACUCCACUGAAACUAGGGGAAGUGGCAAGUGCUCAGCUCUUUUGAAAACUCAGAUGUCUCUUGCAUACUUAGGUGUUUAAAUGCCCAUUUAGCAAUAGCAUUUUGGCCUAAAUUUUAAACCAGCUUCCACGAACAAUUAAUGCUAUGUAAACCAGGUUGAAUUAGCUGGUGUACUGAAUACAGAGGUAUGGUACCCUAUGUAUUUUCUCCCUAUAAAACUUUCCUGUGAACACAUUGCAUGGACUACUGUUCUGAGCUAGCCAUUUUUAAAGCAAAUGUUUGCUGCAAAAAACAAACAGGAAGUUCUGCUCUGCCUUUUCAGCAAGGAGGUAGGGUCUUGUUUAUAUAUAGUUUUUACAACCUGCACAUGCACAAAUAUAGAAGUAACAGAAUAGGUCUUGAUAGGAAUAAUGGUUACAUCUACAGAAGGUCACUCUGAUUGUGGACUCACGUCGUUCUUACUUCACGGAAUAUAUUUUUAUAUGCGCAGCUCUGUACUCACCUGCAUCAUGGAGCCUCAAAUGAAUAAGCAGCAGAAUAUGGCAAGGAUCAAGACAAUUAAGGAACUGCUUCAAGUUCCAAGUUGCUGCUGGCUUUAAUUAGAAGCAGUUGUUAAAAGUAGCCAUGGUGGUCUUCAGCUCUGCUCUUGUGCCUGAGCACCUUCUGUCAUUGCUUUGAUUGUAGGGAGGGGGGAAGAAAUGUCUGAAUUCUUGGAGAACUCUUGCAGGGUCUGAGGGCCUAACAUCAAGAACCUUGUAUUUACUUGUGCCGAUGCUACAGGAGAAAGCAAAAGGCUCCUUGUGUUUUAAUCUGGACUUUGGUUUUGCUAGUUCAACCUAUGCUAUGUAAUGAUGUUCCACUCUGUUUGUUGCAUGUGUUAUUUGUUACAUUCAGUCAUUACUCUUGCUGAUCUUGAUGUUAUUAUUAAAGAACUACACCAAGUCA